AUGGCAAAAUCUCGGUUUGAAUAUGUUCGUCAAUUCGAAUCUCAAAAUCUGUUACUACCUCAGACUUAUAUAGUAGUUAGAAUUGACGGUAAAAAGUUCCAUGAGUUUUCCAAAUUUUAUAAUUUUAAUAAGCCUAAUGAUGAAAGAGCAUUAAAAUUGAUGAAUGCAUGUGCUAAAAAUGUUGUACUGACUUAUAAGACAGAUAUGAUUUUAGCAUUUGGUGAAAGUGAUGAAUAUUCAUUUAUCUUAAAAAAAGAUUCACAAUUAUACAAUAGGAGAUAUGACAAACUAUCUACAUUAAUUGUAUCACUUUUUACAUCAAAUUAUGUCCAUUUAUGGCCAAAAUUUUUCCCUGACGUUCAAUUAAGUCCUAAACACUUACCUUUUUUCGAUUCCAGAUGUGUUUGUUAUCCAAAUAUUGCCACCAUUAAGGAUUAUUUAAGUUGGAGGUUCGUUGACACUCAUAUCAACAAUUUAUAUAAUACUGUUUUCUGGCAAUUAAUUCAAGUAUGCGGUAUGACUAAUCAAGAAGCUGAAGAUAAAUUAUCUGGUACCGUAAGUAGUGAAAAACAGGAAAUCUUGUUUACAGAUUGUAAGAUCAAUUAUAAUAAUGAACCAGAAAUGUAUAAGAAGGGUUCUUUAAUUACAAAAAAGGGUGAACUUUUACAUAUUGACGUAAUUAAACAAAUAGAUGAACUGUUUAAAGGCUUCGAAUAG